CAAGUAAACUGGACGGCGGCUGGCUCCUUAAAAGAAACUGAAUACUGGGCGUAACUCCGCUCGGCUAAGCGGACCGUACACACAAAUCUAACGCCCCUGCAUCACCGUAGCUCAGCACGCGCAUUUACGCUUGGUGCUCAGACCAAAUCCGAGCUCGCGCACGCAAUCCGUUUCCACUUCGGGUGGUGUCGAGAAAGGGCCCCGCUUCUCUUGACUCCGCAUAUUCCACUCUCUUCAAGCCUCAACUCGAGACGUCAAAUCUUGCCGUUCCGUCGGUGAAAACUCCCUGACAGCGAGCAGCGGCUUAAAGAGGAAGAAUGGCGGAUUCGAGCAGCACCGCAGCGGUCGGGGCCGCAGCCUCAGCCUCCAACAGCGCUACCGCUGCCGGGGCGGCUGGCACUGUUGCGCAUGAUGGAGCGCCGGGGGCUGCGGGACCGAAAGCCCCGUCCGAAUCUGUGAAGGGCCAGAUAUUUGACGUGGGCCCCCGCUACACCAACCUGUCUUACAUCGGGGAGGGGGCUUAUGGAAUGGUGUGUUCUGCCCUAGACCACAUGACAAACCAGCGAGUAGCCAUCAAGAAAAUCAGCCCUUUUGAGCACCAAACAUACUGCCAGCGUACAUUGAGAGAGAUCAAGAUCCUGCUGCGUUUCAACCAUGAGAAUAUCAUCGGUAUCAAUGACAUUCUAAGGGCUCGCCACAUCGACAAUAUGAGAGAUGUUUACAUCGUGCAGACACUGAUGGAGACAGACUUGUACAAGCUGCUCAAGACCCAGAAGCUGAGCAACGACCACGUCUGCUAUUUCCUCUACCAGAUCCUGCGAGGACUCAAGUACAUUCACUCAGCCAACGUGUUGCACCGGGACCUCAAGCCCUCCAACCUGCUCAUCAACACCACUUGCGACCUCAAGAUUUGUGACUUUGGCCUGGCACGAAUUGCUGACCCUGAGCACGACCACACAGGAUUCUUGACCGAGUAUGUAGCCACACGUUGGUACAGGGCUCCAGAAAUCAUGCUCAACUCAAAGGGCUACUCCAAGUCUAUUGACAUCUGGUCAGUGGGCUGCAUCCUGGCUGAAAUGUUAUCAAACAAGCCAAUUUUCCCUGGGAAACAUUACCUGGAUCAGCUCAACCACAUUCUCGGUGUCCUUGGCUCUCCAUCCCAAGAAGAUCUGAACUGCAUUAUCAACACGAAAGCCCGAAACUAUCUGCAGUCUCUCCCCGAAAAACCCAAGAUCCCCUGGGAGAAGCUUUUCUGCAGGGGUGACUCAAAAGCUUUGGACCUGCUGGGCCGCAUGUUGACCUUUAACCCCAACAAGCGUAUCAGUGUUGAAGAGGCGCUGGCUCAUCCUUAUCUGGAGCAGUACUACGACCCCACAGAUGAGCCAGUGGCAGAAGAGCCCUUCACUUUCACCAUGGAGCUGGAUGACCUUCCCAAGGAGAAACUGAAGGAACUCAUAUUUGAAGAGACGUUUCGCUUUCAGGAAACCUACCAGGGCUCCUGAGACACACGGUCAAAAAGGGUGUAAAUGCCAACCACAGGCUUGGAACCUGAAGACCCCCAGAUGACAUGCUUAAAUACAAGAAAAUGCAUCCUCAAGAAUCCAAGGAAAAAAAAAACUAUGAACAUUGACUGCUUUUCUUUCCAUUUCCACUGCAAGAAAGCUAAGUGUUUCACUUUGAUUUGUGUGGUUAGGCGGGGCCAUCGUGUCUCUUUACUCAGUACUCCCCCCCUCCUUUAAAAAACAUUCUUCUGUUUCCUGUUCAGUGUCCCAGCUCGUCUUACCCCUCUCCAUCAUAAUCAGCUCUCAUUAUCCGAUCAAUCGCUUUUUCGCAGUUUUUUUCCAACUCUCUUGCUUCUAUUCUCAUAAACUACUAUUCCUUAUUAACCAACACCAUUACUCUGUUGUCUUGCUACAUACGUGUACGUUAGAACUUGCAAUCGAGGGCUAAAAGAAUGGGGGUGCUUAUUGUGUGGGUUCAUGUACAUUAGAUACAAAAUAUUUAAAAAAAAAGGUUUUUCUUUUUAAGUGGGCUCAUCACAGCUUUCAUUCGUACAUAAUUGUUUGCUUUAAAAUCAGCUUACCGUAGUUGUAUUUAUGUGUUCUCUGGUUUAUCUGUGGAAGUCAUGUUGAACGUUUGACUUUCUACUGGCAUGUUUGCAGGUUUACAGUUUGUAUUUUUAUUUUGAAUGAUGUUCAUAUGAAUGCAUGCAUUCCUGAAAUUAACCAAAGUGGAUGAGAGAUGCAAGGAACUAGUGUGGGAAGUAACCUUGUGUUAUGAUUUUGAACCAUAUAAACAUUUCUUGAGCUACACCUCAGACAAAGGGCAAACGGAUUGAGCGCUCUCUCUCUCUCUCUCUCUCUCUCUCUCUCUCUCUCUCUCUCUCUCUGUAUUUGCAUAAAGUUAGUCACGCUAUGGUAUGAUAAUUAGAGGCCGUCAUGUUGCCAAGUCCCACAAAGGUCCAGUAUACCUUUUGGAUGCUUUCUGCAGAUAAUGUGCCCCGACCUGGUUAAUAAUCUGUAGAGGUUGUAUGACCAGUAAAAGCACAAAUACCACCACUGUACAGACAUGAAACACCAUUGAGAUGCACACGCUGUUAUACUUCAUCACUCAUUUCCUUCCUCCCCUCAAUACUAUAUCACCAAGGAGCCACUAUGGCAACCCGCUACUACAUUACAUCACUAUAUCAGUUGGUUGCCGUUUCUGUAUCAUUCCUCACCUGCAUUUCAAGGGACCAUACACUACUAAAAGUUAGGGAACUGAAUUAGAAUUUAAUUUCGGAUCAUUUCAAUUAAAAGUUAGGGAUAAUGAGCUUUCAGGGGAAAUUUCAUGAUGAACCUGAAAUGCACUAUAACAACAGAUUAACCAAAUUUUACCUCUAAACUUGUGUAUGCAUGUCCAACUGUUUAGUUACAGUGCUUUUUUGCACAACUUCCUUUUUUUCUAACAGAGAGGAGAAUGGCAAAAUUCAUGUUUAAUCUAUGAAUGGACCAAUACAUUUCCUCGUUCAGUUGUAAAUUUAUAUUUAAACAGCCCUCUUCAUUGUGCUGUUCAUAUUUUGACAUCAUGAUGCCAAGAUGACAUCAGCAGGUUACACCAGAUACAAAAAUCCUUUUUUUUUUGUUUAUUUUUGUUAUUUUUUAUUUUUUCCUCACUCCAGAGAAGCUCAAAUUAUUAUUGUGGAUUUUAGGUUCAUCCUAAAAGUUCCUCAAAAUUCAAAGCCCAAUAUGCCUACAUUUUUUGGAGUAGUUUAUAUUCUGGAGCAUGAUGGGAUUGUCCUAUUCUACUGCGCUGUUUUGACGUUUACACUGAACUGUCAGAGAGGGCCAAAUGGAAACAAUAUAUCUACUAAUGGGCUCUAAUGACUGAGAAGUCAGGAAGUAUUUUCAGGUUUGAAUCAUUUUUGCCUCAAUAAAUGUGUGUACGUGUGUGUCAA